AAAUAUUUGAUAGAUUUUGUGUUUAGGUUGGAUGUUUUUUCAGAGCAGAAGGUGAACAGUUUUUAAUUGGAAAGCUUUUAUUUUACAUUCAAAUUACAUGUUAGGAUUGUUCUUAAUAGUCACACUCUGGACAGGGUUCAUGCAGUACCAGCUCAGCCCACCCCCACCCCCCCAAAAGAAAUUCAGUGAGCUUCAUGAUUCUAAACAUUGAAUGGUCAUUUUGGAGAUACAAAGCAAAAAUCAUAUAGAUUAUAAAUAUAAAAUGCUGUCUCUGAUUGUUAGCCACAAAAUGUCCAUACCAAGCCCAUGAAAAGGCACAUCUGGACUGAGUGCUCAUUCUCAAGUGGAAAACUGUGAAACUAAAACACCUCUUCCACCUGUUUCUGCUAGGUCUGUCUACCUGCACAUACAAAAAAUUAACAUGGCUUAACACAUGUCCAAAGACUAUCCUCAAAUGAAUUAUUCACCCCCCAGGCACUGAAAGUGCACACGCGUACACAGACCCGCUUACAAGCAGACACCAGGUAAGCAAAUUUAGGGCAGCUGCCGAGUAGAAUGUCACGAAAUUGGAUCCAGCUGAGAAUUCCAAUUACCUAAUGAAGAGUAUCCGCUUUCACUCUAAUUCCUUGGUCUAAUUCGUUAUAAUCUCUAUUAUAAAAAUCAUGCGUUAAAAUCACAAUCUAAAAUGGAAACAACUAUUUAGCUGGCCAAUUUCUUUCCUCCUCUUUUGGGUAACACGGGAGUUUCAAUUCACAAAGAAAUGCAAAUGAAAAGACUUAAGCUGGAGCAGUAACAAAGAAGCAUCCGGAGCUCUUUGUGUUUGCACACGUGAGGGAACCCAUCACGGGCAAUUUGUGGGACCCAAAAUGCAAUUUUUAUUCGUUGAUUACAGAGACAAUAAAUUAUUUGUAUAUCUAACUCCAACAAAAGUCUAGCGUGGUCCCCAAGCUGCAAUUAUUCAGCCCGAGGUUUCAUUACUAAUAAUCUCCCGGGCAGGCUGUGACUACCAAGGUGAAUCAGCCCGUGCCUGGCCGGUCUCCCACCCUCCGCCUCAGGAGAGCUUGGCAAAGACGCUGUACGGUGUUGGCGCGUUUGUGACCAGUCUCUGCUUUGUGUCUGUGCUCCAGGUGAGGCGGAGGAAGAGCAGAAGACGACGAGCUGGCGGCGGGUGGAGGCUGAGCAGCCCCCAGACCUGUGAGUGAGCCGCCUCUCCACCGCCGGAGAAGCCGCCCGCCGCCUCCCCACUCCGGCUGCCGGAGGACCUGCGCGCGGGUGCCCAGGACCAGGCGGCCGGGGGCGCCAGCCCCCCAUGUUCCGCAGUAGGCGCAAAUUCCCGGCAGGUGAUGUCAUGCCCAUUGUUUUGGUGCGCCCAACCAAUCGGACUCACCGCCUGGAUUCUACCGGAGCCGGCAUGGGCCCUUCCUCGCACCAGCAGCAGGAGUCCCCGCUCCCGACCAUAACGCAUUGCGCAGGGUGCACCACCGCCUGGUCUCCCUGCAGCUUUAACAGCACUGACAUGGAAACCCCAUUGCAGUUCCAGCGCGGCUUCUUCCCAGAGCAGCAGCCGCCGCCGCCGCGCUCCUCACACCUGCAUUGCCAGCAGCAGCAACAGAGCCAGGACAAGCCGUGCCCGCCCUUCGCGCCCCUCCCGCACCCUCACCACCACCCGCACCUCGCGCACCAGCAGCCGGGCAGCGGCGGCAGCAGCCCAUGCCUCCGGUGCAACAGCUGCGCCUCCUCCGGUGCCCCGGCGGCGGGGGCGGGGGCGGGGGAUAACCUGUCCCUGCUGCUCCGCACCUCCUCGCCCGGCGGCGCCUUCCGGACCCGCACCUCCUCGCCGCUAUCCGGCUCCUCGUGCUGCUGCUGCUGCUCCUCGCGCCGGGGCAGCCAGCUCAAUGUGAGCGAGCUGACGCCGUCCAGCCAUGCCAGUGCGCUCCGGCAGCAGUACGCGCAGCAGCCGGCGUCCGCCUCCCAGUACCACCAGUGCCACAGCCUGCAGCCUGCCGCCAGCCCCACGGGCAGCCUCGGCAGCCUGGGCUCCGGGCCCCCGCUCCCGCACCACCACCACCACCACUCGCACCCGGCGCACCACCAGCACCACCAGCCCCAGGCGCGCCGCGAGAGCAACCCCUUCACCGAAAUAGCCAUGAGCAGCUGCAGGUACAACGGGGGCGUCAUGCGGCCGCUCAGCAACUUGAGCGCGUCCCGCAGGAACCUACACGAGAUGGACUCAGAAGCGCAGCCCCUGCAGCCACCCGCGUCGGUCGGAGGAGGUGGCGGCGCGUCCUCCCCGUCUGCAGCCGCCGCCGCCGCCUCGUCCUCAGCCCCCGAGAUCGUGGUGUCUAAGCCCGAGCACAACAACUCCAACAACCUGGCGCUCUACGGAGCCGGCGGCGGCGGCGGCGGCGGUGGCGGCGGCAGCAGCAGCGGCGGUACCAAGUCUAGCAAGAAGAAGAACCAGAACAUCGGCUACAAGCUGGGCCACCGGCGCGCCUUGUUCGAAAAGCGCAAGCGGCUCAGCGACUACGCGCUCAUCUUCGGCAUGUUCGGCAUCGUGGUCAUGGUCAUCGAGACCGAGCUGUCGUGGGGCGCUUACGACAAGGCGUCGCUGUAUUCCUUAGCUCUGAAAUGCCUUAUCAGUCUCUCCACGAUCAUCCUGCUCGGUCUGAUCAUCGUGUACCACGCCAGGGAAAUACAGUUGUUCAUGGUGGACAAUGGAGCAGAUGACUGGAGAAUAGCCAUGACUUAUGAGCGUAUUUUCUUCAUCUGCUUGGAAAUUCUGGUGUGUGCUAUUCAUCCCAUACCCGGGAAUUAUACAUUCACGUGGACAGCCCGGCUUGCCUUCUCCUAUGCCCCGUCCACAACCACCGCUGAUGUGGAUAUUAUUUUAUCUAUACCAAUGUUCUUAAGACUCUAUCUGAUUGCCAGAGUCAUGCUUUUACAUAGCAAACUUUUCACUGAUGCCUCUUCUAGAAGCAUUGGAGCGCUUAAUAAGAUAAACUUCAAUACGCGUUUUGUUAUGAAGACUUUAAUGACUAUAUGCCCAGGAACUGUACUCUUGGUUUUUAGUAUCUCAUUAUGGAUAAUUGCCGCAUGGACUGUCCGAGCUUGUGAAAGGUACCAUGACCAGCAGGAUGUUACCAGCAACUUCCUUGGAGCAAUGUGGUUGAUAUCAAUAACUUUUCUCUCCAUUGGUUAUGGGGACAUGGUACCCAACACAUACUGUGGGAAAGGCGUCUGUUUGCUCACUGGAAUCAUGGGUGCUGGUUGUACAGCCCUGGUGGUAGCUGUAGUGGCAAGGAAGCUAGAACUUACCAAAGCAGAAAAACACGUGCACAAUUUCAUGAUGGAUACUCAGCUGACUAAAAGAGUGAAAAACGCAGCUGCCAACGUACUCAGGGAAACAUGGCUAAUUUACAAAAAUACAAAGCUAGUAAAAAAGAUAGAUCAUGCGAAAGUGAGAAAACACCAACGGAAAUUCUUGCAAGCUAUUCAUCAAUUAAGAAGUGUAAAAAUGGAGCAGAGGAAACUGAAUGACCAAGCAAAUACCUUGGUGGACUUGGCCAAGACCCAGAAUAUCAUGUAUGACAUGAUUUCUGACUUAAAUGAGCGGAGUGAAGACUUCGAGAAGAGGAUCGUGACCCUGGAAACAAAACUAGAGACUCUGAUCGGGAGCAUCCACGCCCUCCCUGGGCUCAUAAGCCAGACCAUCCGGCAGCAGCAGCGAGACUUCAUCGAGGCUCAGAUGGAGAGCUACGACAAGCACGUCCCCUACAACGCCGAGCGGUCCCGGUCCUCGUCCCGGAGGCGGCGGUCCUCCUCGACAGCGCCACCAACUUCAUCAGAGAGUAGCUAGAAGAGAAUAAGUUAACCACAAAUAAGACUUUUUGCCAUCAUAUGGUCAAUAUUUUAGCUUUUAUUGUAAAGCCCCUAUGGUUCUAAUCAGCGUUAUCCGGGUUCUGAUGUCAGAAUCCUGGGAACCUGAACACUAAGUUUUAGGCCAAAAUGAGUGAAAACUCUUUUUUUUUUCUUUCAGAUGCACAGGGAAUGCACCUAUUAUUGCUAUAUAGAUUGUUCCUCCUGUAAUUUCACUAACUUUUUAUUCAUGCACUUCAAACAAACUUUACUACUACAUUAUAUGAUAUAUAAUAAAAAAGUUAAUUUCUGCACA